CGUAGUCGCUUGCUCGUCCUUGUGUGCAUGUGUUCGCCUUCACAUUUUUCACACUACUCUAAUAAACGACUGAAAACCUCAGGGUGAGUGAGGAAAUAUUAAUUUAAGUGAAUGCCGUCGUCACCAAAGUUUUGGUCCAUGCAUAAUUGGGAUGUUAGUGCCUUCGUAACAUAAGAUCAUGUUUGGAAGACGGAUCCCCUUUAAUCAGAUUGCGUUUGCUACUCUGGUUGGAGUGGUGGGAGGUGUGUAUAUCUACAGGCCUAUGUUUGAGGCACACAGAAAACCUCCAUCUGCACCAGAUCAAGACCUCAAGUCUGACCCAGCAGAGCAGAGAGCGGAAACUACCCAACAAGAACAACAAGAUGCAUCUGCAGCCCAAGACGGAGUCUGAAUGUGCCUCCGUGUUACAUGCUUCUUAUUCCCAUGCACUUUGUGAAUGGUGUAACUUAAAUAUACUUAAUAAGUAGCACUGCAAAUAAACUACAAGAUUCUACACCA